GAGAAUGUCAAAUACAUAGUACAUCUUUCUCCCCAACGAAGACAGGCGGAAAUCGACGUCUGAGAAUGGUUUCGACCUUGUCGCGAAUUCAGAAUGGAAGGCUUUUCAUCAAACGAAGAUGCUAACAAAGGUACUGACAGGUACGGACAAUGUUUGUUGGAAGCGCAAAAGAAUGGUUAUGUCGAAUGGUUUAAUCCAUCUGGAAGCGGGAAUCGAUGCUUCUAUGAAUGUAUCGCAAAAUUUGUAUCGCAAAAUGUGGACGAUACUAUAAGUUUAAUAACAAAUUAUAUGAAAGAACAUGACACCGUCGUUAUUAAAAAUGACAAUGGUGUUGAUGAACGCAAAGAACUUUUGCUGUUUUUCUCUGAUGCAGAUUUUCCACAACUACCUGAGCGCCCGAAAACUUGGGAUGAAUGUCUUGUGGCACUUCGCGAUCAAAUGGCAAACGAUGUUGUGAUUCGUUCAACAGCAUCAUGUUUUAACAUUAACAUAAAAGUUCUUCGGUGGGAUGGGAACAUUACAGAAAUUACGCCGUUUACCAACAUCGGAAAGACCUCUGUUUUUCUUGCAUACACUGGGAUACAUUAUUUUCUCUUGAUCAAAGAAGAAGAGAGUUCUUCUGUCCGAUCUAAAUCAGGCCAGUAUUUCCCGGACCAACUUUAUUUCCAGAAUUAUUCUACUUCAUCUUUUGACUCCGGAAAAACAGAUGGUGUGAUUAAGGCCAAUUACAAAUGGACUGAGGAAGGAAACAUAGUACAAAUGAGUUCUGAUGGCGAAAAUAGAAAUAAACCACAAGAGCGUGAAGAGGCCUCAACAAAAGUGACAGAGACUCAGUUAGUUGACCAAUUUUCGCAUCUCAGCACUCAAAAUAAUAUGGCAGAGAAAUAUAAGAAAGAAAGGGAUGUUGCUUUACUGAGAAUCAAAAAUUUGGAGGAUGAAAUGGAAAACCUGAAAAAGCAACUGAAAUAUAAGGAUCUUGGAAAGGAUGAAGAAGAUGGGACUAGGAUAAGAAAAGAAACGAAAAUCUCUCAAAAGAUUGUUCCUAAAGAAUUGACAGGAUUCGUAAAUCCAUUCAAUUGUAAAGUAUCAUGUGGCCUUAGCGUUAUCUUGUUCGUUUUUUUUGUCAUGGGUUUGCAAGUCUGCAAUAGAAGAUUUAUUAGCAAGCUGUCUGAGGACACUGUGAAUUGCAGUACGUCCUUGGACUAUUUUUUUAAAAAUGAUUUAUUAACUCCUGGUCCUGUGGGAAAAAGGUUUUACAAACUAAUCACUGAUGAUUAUACCGUCCAUCAUGCUCUACAAGAGGCAGUUAAAACAUGUAUGCCAGGCGAGUCUUAUCCCGCCCUACUUGUUUUUCAUUACAAGAAGGUAGAUGGUAAAAUACGGGCUGGUCAUUGCGUCGCGAUUAUGCCUGAUGGCGUGUUUAUUGACGUUCAAAAAAAACGAUACUGGAAUCCAUUCCAUUUGAGUGAGCCUAUCAGUCAUAUCUACGUUGUAAAAGUAGACGAUUUUUUCGCUAAAUUAUGGGUAAUCGGUUGUCUACUAUGUGAUUGCGAGUAUGAGUGUUAUAGGUCACCAGAUGACCUCAACUGAAGACAAUCACCUUUAAGAUAUCGGUACCUGAUCCCGCUGGAAGGAGACAUCUUCGAGACCCCGGCAGUGUAACACAUGGAAACUUAAGACCUUUCUCAUAAUGACACAUCAAGAAGAAAGGACGUAGGCAAAAUUUUAAAAUUUAUAUUUUGAAUAAAAUUGUACUUUUUGUAAUGUUCUCUUCUUAUAUUAUAUUAUAAGAGAAUUAAAAAUAUUGUCUGGUGCCAUAAUGGUGUAAUAAUGCACUUGGAAUAUCUGCCGCUUACGGUUCGUAUUUUGCAUAUCACUCAUUUUGCAACAAUAUCCCAAAAAAUAUAUAG